AUAGACGACAUUACGAUGCGACUCGCGACGUAUUUCCUAUUCUUUGGUUUGGCCCUAGCUGACGAGACCAAGUUGACUUACAUAUCUUGCGAUUCGUGCACUGAUCGGGCGAAUACCAGCAUGCUGAGAAAUAUAACGCUUCGUUUAUAUACGGGCAAUACUACUGAUGACUAUACGAGCAUUCUGAUUGGCGAGGCGACGGAUCUGUUGGACACGAUAGAUUCCAGCAAGCCAACUGUCCUCUAUAUCCAUGGAUGGAUCGAAAAUCCUGACAACACAUCGUCGGUGGCGGUGAUAGGUGCAUACGCGGAAAGGGGCGACCACAAUGUGCUGGCAGUGGAUUACGGAGACAUUGCCGCAAUGUCUUGGGCUUUUGCUUUCCGAAGCUUCGAAGGCAUUCUCUACCAGCUAAUCAGGACCCUGAACCAACUGGUGGACGGCGGACUGAACCCGACGACUCUGCACAUCGUCGGUCACUCUUACGGAGCUCAGAUAGCUGGAAACAUCGGAAGGAACAUGAAUUUCGUAGUGCCGAAAAUUGUAGCUCUGGACGCUGCCUAUCCCAGGUUUCCGGAGACCGAAGAUCACAGUCUUCGAAAGACCGACGCCGAGUUCGUUCUCGUGAUUCACACCGAGGCUGGUAUAUUUGGUAUUACCUACCCCGCUGGACACGUUGACUUCUUUCCAAAUCGCGGAGAGACUCCUCAGCCAGGAUGCGAACUUACCGAAGGUGGAGCCACGGCACGAAUCACCGAAAUAGUCUGCAGCCACCAAAGAUCAUGUUUUUUCUACGGCGAGUCGUUGCGCAACACGGAUGCGUUUUACGGACGGGCUUGCGAUUCGUACGAAGAAUUUGAGGCAGGUUUAUGCGGCUCUAACGCGACAGUGGUGAUGGGGUACGAGACACCAACCACGGCGAACGAUAGUGAGGAUUACAGCAGCGCUUUAGCUGGCGACGCUUCGGUCCUGGCGAACAAAAUCCAUUCCUACAAACCAACCGUCAUCUACAUUCACGGGUGGAUAGAGAGUCCCGAGAACACGAGCGUACGGACGGUGAUAAACGGCGAGAAUCCAAGCCAUCAAACGAUUUCGCUGAAUCUUCUCUUCGAAAGCGUCUGCUACGUGAUGUCCAACAUCGUGCAACUCCUGGUCAAGGCUGGUCUGGACUCGAGAACUCUGCACAUAGUCGGCCACUCGAUCGGAGUUCAAUUGGCCGGUUGCAUCGGGAGGAACGUGAAUUUCACCGUGCCAAGAAUCACAGUUUACAUGGCAUCGAACUUGGGAUUAACGGCUAUCAAAGUCAGGUUGUGCACAGGAGGGUUGAUUAACGCUUGCGGAAGUCAGUCACAUCGUUUUUACAAUUCGAACUCAACGAUGAUACGAUUCGCGGGUUUACUCUUCUUAUGGCUGCCAAUUGCCAUGGCAGCAGACACGACGUACACACCGUGCACUCUGUGCCUUUACCAGGCAUCAUCGUCGAAAUUGGCAGCAACCAAAGUACGACUGUAUACAGGUGAGGACGUAGACACGUACACGGAAGUGCAAUCCACCGAAGCUCUGAGCUUGUUCGAUCAGAUGGACGUCAGCAAGCCGACUGUCGUUUACACCCAUGGUUUGUACGGUACUCCGAGUUGGCAAAGCACCAAAGCAAUCAUCGAUGCAUACCUCCAACGGGGGGAACAUAACGUUCUGUACAUGAACUGGGCGAAUAUCGCUGUCAGUGCGUACGUCUACGCAGCUCGUAGCGUUCCUGGUGUCGGUUACACCCUGGCCACUAUCCUCAACGAGUGGGUGGCGGCUGGUCUGAACUCGUCGUCUCUUCAUCUCGUCGGCCAUUCGAUGGGUGCCGAAAUCUCCGGAUACGCCGGCCGAUACGCGAACUUCACAGUGCCCCGGAUCGUGGGUUUGGACCCAGCGGGACCCUUGUUCUACACGAUUCUGGACCACAUAAAUACCGACGACGCUGAUUUCGUCCAAGUGAUCCAUUCGGACGACGGCGUCAUUGGACUCAACUCGGAUGUGGGACACGUCGACUUUUAUCCUAACGGUGGUACCAACUUGCAGCCAGGAUGCGGCUUAGCAGGACAUAUCUGUAGCCACCUUAGAGCUUGUUUCUAUUACGCUGAGUCCGUACGGAAUGAGUCUGCUUACGUUGGCCAAACAUGCGAUUCGUAUCGGAAGUUCAAGAAAGGUUCAUGCGAUUCGAACGAAGUAGCAGUAAUGGGUUACGCGACUCCGACAACCGCGAGUGGUAAAUACUAUUUCCAAACUAACUCGGACACACCUUACGGUCGAGGAGUUCAGGGCACCACUUACGAUUCUUCAACCAAUAUAGUAACUUCGACCGUCGAAGAUCUGUGGGAAGGACUGACGUCGCUCUUUGGUUGAAAUUAGUCAAGCUUCGUAGCAUCGCUACGAUCAAAAUCCCGAAGAAUCUAUUUCAUAUACAUAGAACGUCGAGUUUUUACGGUGUCAUGUAUAUCACUUUGGAGCAAUGUGUGCUCAGCUGAGUAACAAACAUCUUUAACAUCGUUCUUUCGGGACUUGAAACAUUAAAUGAGAUUUCAAAUAUCAAAAUU